CUCGGCCUGACGCGAUUUCCGUUCGCAUGUUUUCUAUCAAAACGCCGCCAAUCGCCCUAAUCUCGAUCUUUUCCGCCCUUAAACUGUGUAGUUUUGCCCGGAACCGGUCGUACGUAAAUAGUGCUCCGCUCUUAAAGUAGUCGUCCGGACCCGCCUUAAACCCCUUCAACGUUGUGUUUUUGUUUCGCACUUUGUCGCUUUCCAAAUGGCAGUUCGCUGCUGCCUGCCGGUGAAGCUUGUUUAAAAAAGGCCCGAAAACUUCGUGAAAAUGUUGACGCGGUGGAAGAGCAAAGACAAGGACAAGGACAAGUGCGAAAAGUCGACGUCCAAUCAAAAGUCCAGCUCCUCGUCAACGUCGAAGAAGAAGCGAAAGAUCGGCAGGGAUGGAGAGGAAGAAUGGAAUUCCGAUGGAAAAUCCGGAAGAGGAAGCGACGGAAGCCUCGUUUUCCUGCAGUACCGCAACGAGACCAAGCGCGCCCUUUUGCCCAACGAGAUCACCUCAAUCGACACCGUGAAGGCUCUGUUUGUGCGAUCGUUCCCCAAACAGCUCACCAUGGAGUACUUGGACUCGCCCAACGUGAAGAUCUACAUCCACGACCCCUCAAAGGACAUGUUCUAUGAACUGGAGGACUUGAGGUCGCACUUGAGGGAGAUCAGGGAUAGAUCAGUGCUGAAGCUGUUUGAAUCGGCCGAUGUAUCAGGAGGACUGCCUUCGGCAGGCAUCGGAAUUGCUGGCGGCGUUCAUUUUGAGGAUCCCAGCUACUUUUCUGAGCCGGAAUUCGACUCCGAGUACCAACAUCAGCAUAUCCACAAGAGCAAGGCAGGCGGUAAAGCUGCGCCUUAUUAUAUGGGUUCCACCACCAGUCUGCCUAGAGGAGCGACUUUCCUCCGGACCUAUUCGCCUGCAGUUUCCAACCUCCCUGCUGAGAGGCUAAAGCCGCUGCCCACAGGAGCCCCCCCGAAACCGCAACGUGCUUAUAGUGGUGGGAGUCGGCCCACCAAUGACACGCCACCACGGCCGCCGGACCGAUUUGCCCCCUUCCAAAGGCCUGUCAACCCCCUCUAUGUACCAGAUGGUUACAUGUCGUCGCCGGAAAGGGGCUCCAGAUACGAGGAUCCCUACUACAGCCAGUAUGGGACAAGGUCCGGAUCGAUCACUCCCGUGAUAGAUGAAGAAGUGAGCGACACUGAGCUCCUAGAUGAUUCCUACUCUCUAUAUGGAGUGAAGGUGCCGGGAGGCGCAGCCCCCCGAACAAGCCCUCGGCCCGGAUUUCCAGCCCCAGCCGCUGUUCCCUACGAUGCCACCAGGCUGCGAGUGGAGAACAUGGAGCGCCAGCUGGCCAACCUCACUGGCCUGGUGCAAAAGGCGCUCACCCAACCAAACACUCUGCAGAUACCAGGCCGAGAUGGCUAUCGAGGAGACGAGUUCGAUAAGAACUCCAGCUCGAGCUCGGCAUCGUUGACAGAUGAUUCGUUCCUUCGGUCCGACAGCAAAGCGCCCAAAUUGGGUAAAAGCGGCUGUCAUAAGUCCGUUUCCUUUGAGAAGUCGGUCUCAUUUAGCGACGAACCGCCCGAAAUGAACUCGCCUAAACAGCACAGUCCUCAACAUGCAGCGGACCAAAAACCCACCAAACCCGCCAUUAAGUCAUCCACGCUUCCCAGGACUUCGUCGCAGGAGCGGGAUCGACUGAAGCCGGCGCCCCCUCCCAAGCCGGCCUCACUUUCGCCCGGCCAAUACGACAGUCGGAUUUACCGGGACCUGCAACUCACUCCCGAGAUGUACAAUCAGCUGCGCGGCCUGCAGAAAAAGGCCAAAGAUCUGCGGGCUGAAGUGAGGAAUCUGCGCAGAAUGUCGCAGGCGCAAGCGCACUCCGUUAAGGAGACUAUUCGGGAUGCUUUCAUCAAGAUCAGGGCCACGUUGUUGGCUGGAGGCGAACAAGUCUGGCAAGCAGGCAUGGACCAAGAACGGGUGAGACUCAGCAGGGAAGAAGACUUAUACAAGCAGGAAAUGCUGCGGCUGGAAAAAGAUCUGAGCGAGUUGGAGUCCACGGUGGAGGAACUGAGAGGCAAUGUGAUCAACCGCAAGACCAGAGUGAACAUGUCUGAUGUGGAAAACAUGGCACUGAUCCUGAGCAAGAGUUCCAAAACUGUUGCCGACUUGAAACUGCGGUUCCCAGGUCUGCAGGACAGCAUGAAGGCCCUGCUGGCCACCGAAAUGGACAAGAUGAUGCGCGAAGAAAAGUUCCUCAAGGAGGAACCCGAGCGGCUGGAGAGCGCGCUACGCCGUUGCAAAAAGCUAACUGGAACUCUUGUCACCCUUAAGAGACUAGCCAGUGUUCAAGAACAACGACUUCCCUGCUCAAAUUCCAAUAGCGAUGGAAGGCUUUCGCCCAUCGCCACCGACACGCCCCCAGUUACCUCAUCGUCCACUCACAGCAAGCCCCCUGCCGCUCCACGCAUGGGGUCGCUCCUCCUCGGGGGAGACUGCCACAGCAGCUCCUCCGACUGUUCCCAGCGUCCGGAGAACGCGCUCGACGCUCUGCUAGACGAGCUGCAGACCUUCUCCAAGCCCCAUCCGGGCACGCGAUCAUCUUCGGAGAGCUCGGAGCCGCCUGCCAUCCCAGCCAAAGGCAUCGCCCCCAAUCGGCCGCCCCAGAUGUGCGACAUCGGCCGCAAGGGCAGCAUGGACUCAGCUUCGUUUCUCCCCAGCAACAAUUUGACUGUCAGCACAGCUACGGGUAGCUUGCGGCGUUUGCAUUCCUACCCCAGCGGCUCGGACACUGAUAACAGUCCGCCCAUUCAGCCGCUGCAAGCGAAAACUGCUAGUAAGCCUCCUAUUCCAGAGCGAAACAGCGAGCUCCUGCAGCAUGUAGCGGCAGGAAAACGCGUCCCGCCGCCUCCGCCUCCUAGGACGAGCUCCAAGUCGCCGCUGGCUUCCCCCACGUCGCCCAGCCUGCCGCCCCGGGCGGCCGCUGAGCUGCAGCUUGCUCAGAACAUGCAGGACUCCGACAAGCCGAUGUCCCAGUUUGAGCAGGCGACGCAGAACUUGGGGCUGCAGACGCUCAGACGCAACGUCCCGAUGCGGUCGAGCCUAAAAGACAGCAGCAAGUCGCAGACUUUGCCCAGAAACGUCGGCUCCAGCCUGCAGAUCCCGAACAGCGACAGCGACGCGAUCUCGGCCAGCAACUCGAGCAGCUGCGAAAGCGUCAACUCGCAGGACGGCAAGUGCUCGAAAACGCGCAAGGAGGAGCUGGAGCAGCGCCACCAGGAGCUGCUGCGCAAGCAGAAGGCGCUGCAGGAGCAGUACGCGAGGCUGCAGCAGCUGCAGCGGGGCACCAACGCCCUGGCCAUCAUCCCGCCAGCGCCCGACCAGCUGCUGAAGAAGACCGGCAGCGAAUCGAACCUGCUGCAGAAGAUGGGGCUGCAGAUGGCCACCUCGCAAAUCACCGGGUCGCUGACCAAUAUUCCCAGCACCCAUGUAGGGAAGGUGGCUCCACUGACUGACCCAAGCGAGGGUCAAGAGGCGAUCUUAACCGGUCAGCAUCAGGAAAGCAGCCAACAGGAGGGCCAGAAGAAGGUGUAUGAGACCGAAAUCCUAUGACCGGGCCUGCAGGAGGAUGUGCAGAUUGAAUGUUGACCCCAUUGGUAAUUAUCGGCCGCAGAAGAGGAGGAAGUCUUUGAAGGCGGCCCGAAGGGUUAAUAGCUUUUCGGUUAGGAAAUUGUGAUCAAAGCAGCAGCCAACAGUUGAAAAAUACAGGGACGAAACGGGCAAAAGCACAGUCAAAACCAGCCAGGACAACGUUGUCUGUCUGAUAUUCAGCCAAUGUUCUUCAGAGAAAAAGAGCAGUAAGCGGACGGUUUUGCCUGGAAACUGCCACUUUUGCUCUGGGUGGCUUCUUUUUCAUUCGGAAAAUCUAUUUAAUUUCUUUACGUAAUGCAUGUUUAACCACCACCGAGCUUUACUGUGUUUACUGUGUUUCUGCCGAUGAAAAUCCAAUCUGCAUUGUAAUUUUAGGAAUGUUUCUCUUGUUUGAAAUGGCGCUUCUAAUGGAUCCUCAACGCUUUUUCCCUCAAUUCUUUGGCAAAACUGUUCAGGUUUUUUCAAAGCUCUAAAGUCUAAACAAGCAUUUCCAAGCCGAUCCUCAAAAAGCGAUUUUUAGGACUAGUUGAAACUCAACGUUUUCAGUUCGUCCGAGAAAAUCUGAAAAUGUUCUUUUAGUAUCAAAUGUCGUUUCCGGGACACUGAAGACUGGAGUCUCAGCGCUUUUUUGCGCCAAAAUCUGUCCCCGGUCGUAAACUUCGCAGUUUUGUGUGAACUGGAACUGUGAAGUUAGAAGGAAUUAGCCAGUGAAACUUGCGCUAUUUGGUUGUUCUGAGUUUCAAUUGUGAAUAGACAACCACUAUUCAUUGUUGCUUCUGGUCAAAUGUUCCGAAAGAAAAAUGUUAUUUUUCUUUAUUUUUUAAGAUGCUUUAUCCGUCCAAAGUGAGCAGUAAACUAAUUUUUUUGGACUAUUCUUCAAGUUUUCUCGCAAAAUGGUAAACAAAUUGUUUUUAUUCUGUCUUUGGCAAAAGUUCGAUUUGUGGAAAUUUCACCUUAAACCCAACCAAAACUCGGUUUGUUCCGAGCUCUAUUCGGUUUAAGUGCAAUUUUUUUCAACUCAAUUUUGUUCUUCAAAAAAAUCAAGGAAAAAUUACACUGAAAAACACUUCUGUUGGCAGAAUUUCGGUUGCAACCAGACUUCCUUUUCCAUUUCAGCCCAAAAAAUCGGGAAUAUUUCACGGUGAAAAUGCGUCUUUUGAAACAAUCAUCCAUAUAACAUUUUUCAUUCAGGUUGUCUAUUCACAACUCAAUUUUUUUAGGUUUAAUCCAAGUCUCCUUCAACUAGCAGUCCCUAAAGAAGCAUUUCCAAGCCGGUCCUCAAAAAGCGUUUAAUUGAUUUUUAGAACUAGUUGAAACUCAACGUUUUCAGUUCGUCCGAAAAAAUCUGAAAAUAUUCUUUUAGUAUCAAAUGUCGUUUCCGGGACACUGAAGACUGGAGUCUCAGCGCCUUUUUGAGCCAAAAUCUGUCCCCGGUCGUAAACUUUGCAGUUUUUUUGCGAAAAUAUCACUAUUUAAUCGUGCGUUUAUCUUAUUUUUUAAAGCGUGAACUGGAACUGUGAAGUUAGAAGGAAUUAGCCAGUGAAACUUGCGCUAUUUGGUUGUUCUGAGUUUCAAUUGUGAAUAGACAACCAUUAUUCAUUGUUGCUUCUGAUCAAAUGUUCCGAAAGAAAAAUGUUAUUUUCUUUAAUUUUUCAAGAUGCUUUAUCCGUCCAAAGUGAGCAGUAAACUUUUCUUCUUCCACUUGAGUUCGAAACUUUAAAAUUCCACCACUUAAUAACUGUUUGAGCCACAUUCCUGACUUGGAGAAAGUUUCUCAGUUCCUAGAAAAUCAAUGGAGGAUCGGACCCAAAUGAAUUUUUUUGCGCUUAUCAACAAAGGCUUCUUCUAUUAGUGAUCAAAAGUUCCAAUUUUUAAUGGAUUAAAUGUAGAACAUUUUUCUUAAUUACGAACGUGCACGUUUUAAGCCGCAUUUUUUCAACUUUUACCUUUAUUGGAUUACUGAAUAAAUUGGCCUCGGUUUUGAUUGAGGAGUUAUUAACCCUUCGGAAAAGCGACCAGCCCACCCCCAUAUCAUUUCAGUUGUUUUCAACUUAAAUAACGAAAGCUUCGCCUGUUUUUGUUGAAUUUUGUACCCCAAGACACACCCCGAUGUGGCCUCAGACGGAAAUACUGCGCACUUAUUUUUACGAGAAAUCUAGUCAAUAUACAUAGGUAGUGGUUAUUUUGAUAAUUUAGACUGAUAAUUGUAAUGUGAGGCAUUUUGUAUCAAUUUCUAGAGAUGCAUUUACAAGUUAGAGGGAGGUUUGAUUGAACCUCCCUUGGUUGAUUGUUUUUCAGCUGUGCACUUUAAGUAAUCACGAUGUAAAUUCAGCACAUUGCAAAUUAAUCCGUUAAUAUGACACCAACAAUUAGGUCUAAUAUUGCUCAAAACGUUUGUAAGCGCCACGUUUAAUUAGAGUGGUGGGUUUUUUACUUAAAUGUCCCAUAAACACCAAAUGUGUUGAGUAACCAGUUCAGUUGGGAAUGAACGACACAAUUUACAGUCUCCCAGUGAAGAAUGUAACCCAAAGCCAAAGAACUUGAAGACUUCGAUAUUUUUACCACUCACUAGCCAGUAGUUUUUGGGGCUCGACUAACCCUGUGAAUGUUUAGUUUCCGAAUUUUCUAUACUAUCCAUUAAUGUACACCAAACUAUGUAAGACUAUGGACUCAUAUAACACACAAAUCAAUGUAAAUAGCUGUAAUGAUGAAUGCAAGGUGGCCACUGAACCUUAAGGGUGCCAAUGUAAUUAAGUAUAAUAAACACAUCACAUUGA